CUCCCCCUCUCUCAGUACUGGUUGGAGGAAGUGUCGGACGUGGUCGUGUGUGUGCUUGUCAUUUUCAGUGGAGAGCUGAACGAAAUGCACUAUGCUGAGAUCCCGGACAGUCCUCCCACCAUGCUGGACUCCUAUGCGGUCAGCUCCCAGUCUCUGACAGGGGACCACAAUGCUUUGGGGCUACCUAGAGCUCCAGUGGGCGGUCUGGGCAUGGGGGCGAUUUGUGGUAGCAGUACCCCCAGACACCAGAUCCUCCACCCGUCCCCAGAGGACUGUGAGAGCUGGCAGAAGCAUCGCGCAGGACUGGCAAGAGGGUCCAGUCUGUAUUCUGAGUCCCACUCUCUGCUGGAGCCGCAGAGUCUCUCAACCAGCUACGACACCCUCUACCUCGCACAUAUGUCGGGCCAUGAUCCCCCUCUGCAUCCAAACCGUCAGGGCCUCUCUCUUGAUGUGUCCUCGACUUUUGAACUUGGAGGGGGGAUGCUGGGGGUGGAUGGAGAUUUGGCGGUCAGUCCUAAUGUGAUCAAGAGACGUCGGGGCGGCCUCAUCGAGCAGAGGGACAUUGUAAAAGCCCACCAGGCUCACAAGAUACAGAGCACACCACAGGCACGACGCAAGGAGUGGGAAAUGGCCAGGUUCGGGGACGACGUCCCGGCCCUGUUGAGCUCCGGGGAUGGAGGGUCCGAGCGCAACCGGACCCGCGAUGGCACGGCCGUGUCCACAGGUGGCGUCUCCCCGGCCUUCAAGCAGACCAAAGCGCAGCGCGCCCGCACGAUGGCCUUGUACAACCCCAUCCCGGUCCGGGAGAACUGCUUCACCGUCAACAGGUCGCUCUUCAUCUUUGGCGAGGACAACAUAGUCAGGAAGUACGCCAAGAAAAUCAUUGAGUGGCCUCCAUUCGAGUACAUGAUCCUCACCACCAUAAUCGCCAACUGUAUCGUCUUGGCCCUGGAGCAGCACCUUCCUGGAGAGGACAAAACACCCAUGUCCAAGAGACUGGAAAAGACAGAGCCCUACUUCAUCGGGAUGUUCUGUUUUGAGGCCGGGAUAAAGAUCAUCGCCUUGGGCUUUGUAUUUCAUAAAGGCUCCUACCUCAGGAACGGAUGGAACGUCAUGGACUUCAUCGUCGUCCUCAGUGGGAUCCUGGCUGCAGCAGGGGCACAUAUGAACAUCUCAGUGGACCUGAGGACUCUGAGGGCGGUGCGAGUGCUUCGACCCCUCAAGCUGGUUUCAGGCAUCCCCAGUCUGCAGAUAGUCCUGAAGUCCAUCAUGAAAGCCAUGGUCCCACUGCUGCAGAUCGGCCUGCUCCUGUUUUUUGCGAUCCUCAUGUUCGCUAUCAUUGGCCUGGAGUUUUACAGCGGCAAACUGCACUACACCUGCACACAACAGUCUGGAAUACUGGAAAAUGAGACGGUGGACUCAUCUGAGUUUGAGUUCCCGUGUGGCGUGCGUCAGUGUCCAUCCAAGUACACCUGCAACGAUACCUGGAUUGGCCCUAAUGACGGCAUUACCCAGUUCGACAACAUUCUGUUUGCUGUUCUCACUGUCUUCCAGUGUAUCACCAUGGAGGGAUGGACCACUGUCCUCUACAAUACUGACGAUGCCCUGGGCCCCAACUGGAACUGGAUCUACUUCAUCCCUCUCAUCAUCAUCGGCUCUUUUUUCGUCCUGAACCUGGUGCUGGGAGUUCUCUCUGGGGAAUUUGCCAAGGAGAGAGAGAGGGUGGAAAACCGCAGGGCCUUCAUGAAACUGAGACGCCAACAGCAGAUUGAGAGAGAGCUCAACGGUUACCGGGCCUGGAUCGACAGAGCAGAGGAGGUGAUGCUUGCUGAGGAGAAUAAGAACUCCGGACCCUCUGCCCUUGAUGCUCUCAGGAUGCUCCCAGAGUGGAGUACAGGUGGUACCUAUGUGUUGAAGAGAGCCACCACCAUCAAGAGGAGAGGCAUGGAUGUGGUGCAUCGGGGGCAACCAGGGGAGGAACAAUAUGGUGACAUCUCCUCUGUGGGCAUCCCCAUGGCCAGAGCAAGCAUCAGGAGUGCCAAACGGGGUCCCGCAGCCUAUUUCCGGCGAAAGGAGCGUCUCCUGCGCAUCUCCAUCCGCCGCGUGGUGAAGACACACACGUUCUACUGGACAGUGCUUGGCCUCGUGGCCCUCAACACGCUGUGUGUGGCCAUCGUUCACCACAACCAGCCUCUCUGGCUGUCCACCUUCCUCUACUAUGCAGAGUUCCUGUUCCUCGCUCUGUUCCUGACUGAGAUGUUCCUAAAGAUGUACAGCUUGGGACCGCGCCUCUACUUCCACUCCUCCUUUAACUGCUUUGACUGCAGUGUCAUCGUUGGCAGCAUCUUUGAAGUGCUGUGGGGUUUCUUCAGGCCCGGCACUUCCUUUGGCAUCAGUGUCCUGCGUGCUCUCCGUCUGCUGAGGAUCUUCAAGAUCACCAAGUACUGGGCGUCUCUGAGAAACCUGGUUGUCUCUCUGAUGAACUCCAUGAAGUCCAUCAUCUCCCUCAUUUUUCUGCUCUUCCUCUUCAUCCUUGUAUUUGCACUCUUGGGCAUGCAGCUCUUCGGCGGCAGGUUCAUCUUUGAGGACCAAACCCCGACAAACUUCGACACCUUUCCUGCAGCCAUCAUGACCGUCUUUCAGAUCCUGACUGGCGAGGACUGGAACGAGGUCAUGUACAAUGGCAUUCGCUCUCAAGGGGGAGUGAAGUCCGGAAUGUGGUCCUCCAUCUACUUUAUAGUGCUCACAUUGUUCGGAAACUACACUCUGCUGAAUGUCUUCUUGGCCAUUGCUGUUGAUAAUCUCGCAAAUGCACAAGAACUCACCAAGGAUGAAGAGGAAGCAGAGGCAGCGUUCAACCAAAAGCAUGCGCUGCAGAAAGCGAAGGAGGUCGGACCGUUGUCCUCCUUCAUGUCUUCAGAUGGAAGCCGUAGGAGGCGGCCCUACCUGUACAGGAAAAGAGCCAUCCAUCGCAGCCGGCCUACCUAUUCCUGCUCCCUGGAGGAGGCCCGGGGCAGCAUCAGGGAGGGCCGCCCACCACCACCACUCAACCCCUCUAACUCUUUCAUGUCCAGGAGAGAGAGGGGGAAAAGGAUGACUAUGUCAGUGUGGGAGCAGAGGACCAGCCAGCUGCGGAGACACCGCCAGAUGUCCAGCCGAGAGAUCCUGUUCAACAGCCCCAGCGAGGAGAAGGACGGGCCUCCGGCCUCAGCCCAGGCUCCGCAUGGACGUCCACUGUCGCUGCACCGCCAGGCCAUGCAGCACACGCCGUCUGGGAGUUUAAAACGCCUGACAGAUCCCGUUGCCUCCCCAGCCAAGAACCAGCCUUCGAGCUCCUCUAUGUCUGUGGAUGUGCCUCUAGGCACCGCCCUCUCUGGUGACAUACCUGAAUCCCCCACGUCUGCACCAGCGUCACUGGAUCACACAAAUCCUCCUCUUCCUGAUGCCUCUGUGUCUACGGCCAUACCAGACACUCCAGAAUCAGAGCCAGUCUCUGAGAGUAAAAAACUUGCUGCUAAUCAGAGUCAUAACACCAUCAGCGAGUGCCGGAGCCCCAGACUGAAUGGCGAUCGCCAGCACAGGGCAGUGAAGAAGUUCAGACCACCGGCUAACGUUGACACGCUGACUCCCGAGAUGGGAGGUCUGGGUGGGAUCAGGGACAGGAGGGCGCUGCAUCACUGUGACCACAAGAGCAGAGCCAGAAAUCACGGGUCAUCUCCCAGGAACGACGGCCAGUUGGCAAGUCGCUCGGUCAGCAGGGAGAGGAAGAGAGACUCAGGGCAAGUAGAGGAGAAGGAAGUGAAGACCAAAAAGGAGGAGGAGAAGGAGGAAGUGUCCAUACCUGAGGAGAGCAGUCAGGGUGACCGGGGUGAAGGAGGAGGGGACAGAAACCCACCAGACGAGCAGAGCAACACUGGUGACCUGUGUCCUCAGAAGCAGGAAGAGCUUCUUCAGCAAUUGGACCCUUCUCCCCCUGCCAACCGAGAGGCCAAUGAAGAAGAGAAAGACACGGAGCAGGACCAGGACAAAUGUCAGCUCAGCUCCAGUGUGAUCAUCGAGGUGCCCAGUGCACAGUCCUGUAUGGAGCUCUCCACGAUCACAGUCAACAGUAGGGACCCUGAAAUCUGUAAGUCGGAGAAGGAGGAGGCAGAGGAAACAAAUCCUGUCAACCGGGUGACUCCAAACAGCAUGUUCAUCUUCAAACCCGACAACCCGGUGCGUCGAGCGUGUCACUACGUGGUGAACCUCAGGUACUUUGAAAUGUCCAUCCUGCUGGUUAUAGCCGCCAGCAGUAUAGCGCUGGCUGCUGAGGACCCCGUGGCUACCUCCUCUGACUGGAAUAAGGUGCUGCGUUAUUUUGAUUAUGUUUUCACUGGAGUCUUCACAUUUGAAAUGAUCAUAAAGAUGAUUGACCAGGGUCUCCUCCUGCAUGACGGCUCCUACUUCAGAGAUCUGUGGAACAUCCUCGACUUCAUCGUCGUGGUGGGAGCACUGGUGGCGUUCGCGCUCACCAAUGUGAUGGGAAAUAACAAAGGACGGGACAUUAAAACCAUCAAAUCUCUGCGAGUGCUUCGUGUCCUCCGACCCCUGAAGACCAUCAAGAGACUUCCUAAACUCAAGGCGGUUUUUGACUGCGUGGUGACGUCUCUGAAGAACGUCUUCAACAUCCUGAUUGUCUACAAACUUUUUAUGUUCAUCUUUGCCGUCAUCGCCGUGCAGCUCUUUAAAGGGAAGUUUUUCUACUGUACUGACAGUUCGAAGGACACAGAGAAGGACUGCCAGGGUUACUACAUCGACUACGGGAAAGACAAGAAAGAGGUGAAGAGAAGAGACUGGAAGAGGCACGAGUUUCACUAUGACAACGUCGUCUGGGCUCUGCUCACCCUCUUCACCGUUUCCACUGGGGAGGGAUGGCCUCAGGUCCUGCAGCAUUCAGUAGAUGUCACCGAGGAGGACAGAGGGCCGAGCCACGGCAACCGGAUGGAGAUGUCCAUCUUCUACGUCAUUUACUUUGUCGUCUUUCCUUUCUUCUUCGUCAACAUCUUUGUGGCUCUCAUUAUUAUCACCUUCCAGGAGCAGGGGGACAAGAUGAUGGAGGAGUGCAGCCUGGAGAAGAACGAGAGGGCGUGCAUAGACUUUGCCAUCGGUGCCAAGCCCCUGACCCGUUAUAUGCCGCAGAACCGCCACACGUUCCAGUACCGACUGUGGCAUUUUGUGGUGUCGCCCUCUUUUGAAUACACCGUCCUGACCAUGAUCGCUCUCAACACCAUUGUACUGAUGAUGAAGUAUUACUCUGCGCCCCCGGCGUAUGAAGCCGUGCUGAAGCAUCUGAACACGGCUUUCACGGUUCUCUUCUCUGUCGAGUGUGUGCUCAAGAUCAUGGCCUUCGGCUUUCUGAACUAUUUUCGAGACACAUGGAACAUUUUUGACUUCAUCACUGUCUUGGGCAGCAUCACUGAGAUUGUGGUAGACCUGCAGUUUGUCGAUACAUUCAACAUGAGUUUCCUGAAACUGUUCCGGGCUGCUCGUCUGAUCAAACUGCUGAGACAAGGUUACACCAUCCGGAUCCUUCUGUGGACCUUCGUGCAGUCCUUCAAAGCCUUGCCCUACGUCUGCCUGCUCAUCGCUAUGCUCUUCUUCAUCUACGCCAUAAUUGGCAUGCAGGUGUUUGGGAACAUUAAGCUGAACGAGGAGACUCACAUUAACCAGCACAACAACUUCAAGUCCUUCAGUGGUGCUCUGAUGCUGCUCUUCAGGAGUGCCACGGGGGAGUCAUGGCAGGAGAUUAUGUUGUCGUGUCUGGGGGGGAAGCAGUGUGAGAGGGACCCUUCUCUUACUUCGGAGCCGGAGGGGGGCUGUGGCUCGGAAUUCGCCUACUUCUACUUUGUCUCCUUCAUCUUCUUCAGUUCCUUCCUGAUGCUGAACCUUUUUGUGGCCGUGAUCAUGGAUAACUUUGAGUAUCUGACGAGGGACUCGUCCAUCCUGGGCCCCCACCACCUGGAUGAGUUUGUCCGGAUCUGGGGGGAGUAUGAUCGAGCCGCCUGUGGUAGGAUCCACUAUAAGGAGAUGUACAAAGUUGUACGCACUAUCUCACCUCCCCUGGGCUUUGGAAAGAACUGCCCCCACAGGGUGGCAUGCAAGAGACUAGUCUUGAUGAACAUGCCUGUGGACGAUGACAUGUCAGUCCACUUCACCUCCACCCUCAUGGCCCUCAUCCGCACCGCUCUGGAGGUCAAGAUAGCCAGAGGUGGAGAGGAUCGGAAUCAGAUGGACCUGGACCUGCAGAAGGAGAUCAGCAUCAUCUGGCCCCAUCUCUCUCAGAAAACACUGGACCUGCUGGUUCCCAUUCACAAAGCCAGCGACAUGACCAUAGGGAAGAUCUAUGCUGCCAUGAUGAUCAUGGACUACUACAAGCAGAGCAAGGCGAAGAAGCUUCGACAGCAACUGGAGGAACAGAAACACGCUCCUAUGUUCCAGCGUAUGGAUGCUUCCUCUCUGCCUCAGGAAAUCCUAUGCAAUGCCAAAUCCCUGUCAUUCCUCAGACAUGGUGCCGGAUCUGCUCUCACCAGAGGAGGUUUUGUGGCACUCAGUCCCAUCUCUGCCCAAGAGAUGUACCUGCAGCCGCUGUCUCGUUCCAGGGACGAGAAGGAGGAGGAGGAGGGAGACGAGGACAACGACUACCGUUCACCCUACCUCCCUUACCACCCCCCACAUCAUCACCACCACCAUUUACACACACUGGUGCCAGAUGUGGUGGAGUAUAACCAAGUGAUACAACAACAGGCCAGACAGGACCCAACAGCUAUCAAAUCACCUCAGCGCACAGCUUCUGUUAGAGCGUCCUCCAUGCCCAGACUGGCUGUUGAUCCACAGCCUGGCUUGUCAGCAGACAGUAAGCUGAUGAAGCGUUCCUUCUCCACCAUCGGAGACCAGUGUGUGAACGGCCUCUGGCAGGAACAACACUCUCUGGAGAGAAUAAGUCCUGAUGAGACAUACAGACCCCGACAGAGGAGCUACAGAGGUUCAAGAGUCAACCACAGAGAAUCAAGUAGUCACGAGAGAGGGAGAUCUAAGGAACGGCGCCACCUGCUGUCUCCUGACGUGUCCCGCUGCAACUCUGAGGAGCGGAGCCAAGACGCUUCAUGUGAGAGGAGACAGUCCCGCUCACCGAGCGAAGGACGCACAAACACCCUGCAGAGACAGGUCAACACAUCAGGCAGCCCCGCCCACUCAGCCUCAGAGUCCAAUACUCCUCGUAAUCGACGCCAGUUGCCCCAGACCCCUUCUCGCCCACGGCCUUACAUCUCCUAUUCUCCUUUGGUUUGCCAAACCCAAACCUCUCCCACACCAGCAACCUCCUCUGAGGUACAGACCCAGCCUCAGGACGGCCCUGUUGGCUCCACGGAGACCUCGUGGAGGGCUGACAAGGAGGGCAGGCCCCCAGCUGCAAGUCAGGGGUCCUCCAGAGGUCAGGUUUUGGCACAGAGUCACCCCUCUCCUCACCGCUACAUCUCGGAGCCCUACCUCCCAUUCCACGAGGACCUUUGCGGUGGCAAGGCAAGCGACGGGCAGGAGACCCUUACCUUUGAGAAUGCCAUCGCCACCAGCCUCGGACGGGCCAAUGCUAUAAGCUCCGCCCCUCAGCUCAGACACUCCUGGCAGGUUCCUAACGGGCAUUUCCGGAAGCACUUGGACCAGGCGAGUCCGGCUGGAGCCAGCGAGCUGCUGAGUGAUACAGACGAGGACGACCGCUGCUAAAAAAAACACAGAGGAAGGGGGAUGCAUGGAGCGACUCCACAUGGCCGGUAGCAUAACAGGCAGGCCUGAACGCCACUGCUAUUUAUCUGGAUCCCUGUGUGUCUGUUGUAGCUCGAGGAAGGCUGUGUGUGUGCGUGCGUGUGUGUGUGUGUGUGUGUGUGUGUGCGUGUGCGUGCGUGCGUGCGUGCGUGCGUGCGUGCGUGCGUGUGUAUGUGUGUGUGCACGUGUGUGUGUGAUCUCAGAAGAGAAAAUUUGCCAAAUCAAAAGAAGUAGCUCAGUACAUGCAAACCCGUGUGUGGCCAAGCCUUCCCACACAACUUAGUGUUUGAUCAAAUAUGGUGAGAUGUAAAUCCAAGGUGUCCAAUUCUCAUGUCGAGCCUGAUUUAAGUGCAUUUGUGCCGGUGAACAUAGCAUGUAAAAAUGUAAUACGUUGAAUGUAUUUUAGCUUUUUUUUUUAGUUUUUUAGUUCAGGCCUUUUGAGAAGGUAGCUGUCAGGCUUUACUGUGCAUAGUUGUAACUGUAGCAAUGAAACAAGGGUUGAUUCAACCAGAUUAUAAUUAGCAACCAGCCAUUCCCAACAGUUCAUGUUUACAAAAACAAUGUCCACAAGGUUCAUGGGCAUUAUACAGUCAUUAAUCAAUGAGCGGUUGAUACAGGACAUCGACUUUUGCCCUAAUGUGAAAACAGUAAGAGAAAAAGUGGGUGAGUGUACAUUCAUCGGCUGCACACUGGUGUGAAAUGAUGCUAAAGCUCUUGACCAGAUAACAGAAUAAGAGAUGUUUUGUCUCAGGAUACUGUACCAUUGUUUUUGUAACAUAUUCUCAUCUGAAACUUUUUAAGAUGUUCUUUAGAUCUUGGACUAGAGGAGAGCUUACACGUCAGUUUGCAGGCUAUACAAUGACCACACUGCCACAAGGACCAGUGGAGAUUCCAAACACACCCUGUGGUCCAUGUGUGCUCUGCUCGUGGACUGUAAUACCUUUGGCCCCUGUAGGACAGACAAUUUUUUUCCACAUUGAUGUGCUGUUGAUGUUGUGCCAGAGAGGUGACUAAAGCCAUUUACUUCCUGUACAUAGAGCCGAGGAUGUGUCUUCUUCAGGUGGCGUUUCUUUCCGAUUUAAUGUGAUGCAAAUGGUUUCAACAAAUACGGACGCUUUUACAAAAGAGGAACAGGCACAGUUCGGUUUGUGUCUUCGUUAAUUGCCACAUUGUUUCUGUCGGAGUCUAUGUUUUGGUCCGUAGGAACAAGCAUUUAGGUAUUUUCUGUGCUCCGGUGUUAUGGUAAAUUUCCACGUGCAUGAUCACGGUGACAUUGAUAAUGGGAGAUGUGUGAGACGUGUGUGAUAAAUCUGCCUGAUUGUUUUUGUUUUAGCGUAUCCAUUAUGUUUGGUGAGAUUCAUUUAGCCAAUUAAGAAAUUCUGAAACAUCAGUCAGAGAAAAGAUUCUGCUUCCUCAUUCCCCAGCAUUCACUGUCAGUACCUUCAAACACUUCCAGAUACUAGCUGUUGCCCCUGAAUAAGAUGUAUAUUUAUAUCAUGUGCUAUUGAGUUGUUAUAAUGUGUUGAGUUUGACAUGUUUUCUGAAAUGUGAACACAGGACACAUCUGGGCAGGCCAGAGGAGAUCACACCCACCUGCUGAAGCCCUGAACAGAAAGUCCUGGACUGAAAAGAUGUGUUAUAGAAACCACCUUUGAAGUGUGUUGACAACAAGGGUGGAUUUAUACAGUACACAGGUUAUAGGGUUAAGGCUUCAGCCUGUACUUUACAGUACGGCGCUUGACAUGUACAGUGCGGCCUCGGACUUGAACUCAACGUCCGUCUGUACAGAGCAGCCUAAUCUGUGCCUGGGGACGCUCGCCCAAAGAGUUCCCUAUCAAGCCUGGAUUUCCUAGAUAGAGAUGCUUUCUGGUAAAUAUGUAGUAUAAACUGUACAAAAAUAAAUCAAUGUUUAAUUUA